AUGCUGCAACGGCGUUUAUCGGUGGCAAGUUCCACAUUUCGAGCAAUGGAACGUAUCACAGCUGAAGAAUAUGCAGGACGAAGAAGGCGUCUUAUAGAAAGCGUUAAAAAAGUUGCGGGACAGGCAGAUAGAGAUGUGAUUGUUCUUUUGAAAGGAGCGAAACGGCCAUACAUAGCUCCAGAUGUGCCAGGACAAUAUAGGCAAUGUAGUCACUUCAGAUACCUUACUGGUGUUACUGUUCCAAAUAGCUACUAUUUGAUACAUGCUCCAAAGGGAGGACGUAACUUGGAACCGGUACUAUUCAUGGACAGGAGAAGCCCAUACGAAGAACUAUGGGAAGGUGCGCUUCCGAGUGAAUCGAAGCUCGAAGAUACCGCUGGUUUUGUGGACUUACUGCCCACGAAAAAGAUCACUGAGGUAAUUGCAAAAAUGAUUUCAAAGGAUUCAACAUGUUUUUUUGAAGCAAAGGAAUGGGAUGGUUCCGAAGUUUACAGUAUGCGUGCUCAAUUCGGAGCCAUUCAUGGAGUGAAAUCUCACAUUGAUCAACUGCGUUUAGUAAAAUCUAUAGCAGAAGUGCAAGCUAUGAAGGAUACAUGCAAGUUGGGAUCAGAGGUAGUUUCGCAUUCGUGA